AUGGCGACUUCAACAGCGACCGUCGCAACCGCGACUCCUACGGCAAGCAGCUCCAACAAUGGAGGUUCAGGACCGAGUUCGCCACUACUCUUCUUCGUGGCGCUGGGAUUUGGUGUGGUCUUCACUAACUUAUGGAUCAUUGUUGGCGUGAAAUACUGCUUCAGAUAUAACCAACGUAAUCGAGCCCGCAUGAAUGGCGAAGACCCCGAUGCCGUGGAUCUCACAGCCAUGCCUCGACAGCAUCGACGCAGACGGGAAAAGAAGCUGAUGACGAUUGAAGAGGUCAAUGAAAAGUUUCCGCUGAUCAAGUACAAGGCGUGGCGCUCCAACCGGGCCGACGAAGGGCUUCCUACCGCAGGAGGAAUCAAUACAUCAUCAAGACCGGCCAGUGUGCACAAUGUCCAACGGGAUUCCAAGGACGCGAAAGAAAUGGAGGCUCGAGAGCUGGCUCCCAUGCCGCCAAACACGACGGACGAAGAAAGGUCGGCUGGGCAUGGGGCUCCAGAAGUUGUGGGCGGAGAGAAGAGUAGCUCAGACGACCCGCCAGCGACACCCGUUCGACCCAAAUCCGCUCAGUCUACCGUCGCGCCCGAGACUCCUUUACAAAAAGUCGCCACUGAAGACGAGGACGAGGAAGAAGAAGAGCGUAUCCAGACCGCCAUACCUGCGGCACAACUCCCAGAUCCUGGAGAUGCUUGCGCGAUAUGUAUCGACACCAUUGAUGACGACGAUGAUAUCCGCGGACUGACCUGUGGCCACGCCUUCCAUGCCUCUUGUGUUGAUCCAUGGUUGACCUCGCGGCGGGCUUGUUGUCCUCUGUGCAAGGCCGAUUAUUACGUCCCUAAACCCCGACCCGAAGGGGUCGAAAUGAACACGGCGAACAUUCAGCCCCCUCCCACGGCAUUCUCAAUAAUUGGCAGUGGUCGACCAGGCCGGAGGCCAGCAAUGAUCAUCCCAGGCAGGUUUAUGAGCAUUGUCUACCAUGAUCGCGACCGCCACGGAUUCCCACUGGUGGUGCGUGCAGAACGACGAGGUCAACCGGACCAAGAACAAGCCCGCCGGCACCGUGGCGAAAGAUUACCCAGCUCCCACGCGGCUACAAACCAAGACGGAGCGGAAAUCCCACAAUCGUCGUGGAGAUCGAGGUUCGGACUGAGAAUCUCCGGGCGUAGUCGACAGGCAGAGCCACCACAGCCGACGCCGGCAGCCCAACCCACACCUUCACAGCUAGAAGCUGGAAGAUGA